UUACAGCUUGAACAUGCCCGUGGUUUUAGGGAGUCUCCUUUUACUUACACUUGGAGCAAUUUACCUUCAAAAAGCAAGCUCUCCAACAAUGGCUCUCCAACAAGGUUCAAAAUGUGGGCAGAAAGUCUAUGGAACUGAUCCAUGGAGCUUUUAUAGCUAUCUCUCUCGGAUUGUUGGUGGAAGCCAAGUACAACAAGGAUCACAUCCAUGGCAGGUUUCCUUGAAAAGGAGUAAUCACCACUUCUGUGGAGGAACCCUUGUCUCCACUCAGUGGGUAAUCACAGCAGCUCACUGUGUUGUAAGCAGAUCGCUGCUCGGUUUGCUGACUGUCACUGCUGGAGAACAUGAUUUGAGUCUGAAAGAUGAGGAAGAGCAGACCCUUCACGUAAAAGACAUAAUCAGGCACCCAAAAUUUAAUACAAAGAAGCCAAUGGAUUAUGACAUUGCCCUUCUAAAAGUGAAUGGUCACUUCAAAUAUGGUUCAGCAGUAUGGCCAGCAUGUCUUCCUGGUCCACAUGAAAAAUUUGAUCCAGGAUUUAUAUGUGUCACUUGUGGUUGGGGUCGUUUAAGAGAAAAUGGCAUCCUUCCUGAAGUUCUGCAUGAAGUGAGAUUGCCCAUCUUAGACCAGGCUGAAUGUUCCAGAGUCUUGUCAACUCUAAAGAAACCUAUUCGAAGCCACACUAUAAUGUGUGCUGGAUUUCCAGAUGGAGGAAAAGAUGCUUGCCAGGGGGAUUCUGGAGGCUCACUUGUGUGCCAACGUGAUCAUGGUUCUUGGACCCUGAUUGGAGUGACUUCAUGGGGCAUAGGAUGUGCUCGAAGCUGGGUACAUAAUCUGAAAAGAAAGUAUGAGAAAAGAGGAACUCCAGGAGUUUUUACAGAUCUGACCAAGGUGCUCCCUUGGAUUCAGCAGCAUAUAGAUGCCGAUGUCAAAAUGAAAAGUUCUAUGGCAUCCUGUAACAUUCGAGAUGGUGAACUUUCUGGCAGUGAAGGAAAAUUGCUUUUUCCUGAAUUCCCCAAGCAUUUUUAUCAGGAUAAUCAGCUCUGCGUUUGGACUUUAUUUGUUCCAGAAGGGAGGCAUAUAGUGUUGAAUUUUUCCCGCUUUGAUGUGGAGCCAGAUACAUUCUGUGACUAUGAUUCCUUGUCAGUGAUUUCUAUGGAUGAUAGGCUCAUUGGGAAAUUCUGUGGAAUGGACCUUCCACUACCAAUUUUGAUUGGUUCAAACAGUGUAAGACUGAAAUUUGUCUCAGAUAAUAAGGAAGAAGGAACUGGAUUUGCCAUGACAUAUCAAGCUGUUAAGCCAGCUAGUCUUCUAGAUUCUGGAUGUGGAUCUCUAGCAGUUCUCUUUGAAGAAGGAACAGUGCAAAGCAUGCACUAUCCUGAAGCAUAUAAUAACCUGGCAGAAUGUCAAUGGAUUGUUCAUGCUCCAGAAAAUCAUGUCAUCAAGCUCACAUAUGGACAUUUUGAACUGGAAGAAAAUGAAGACUGCACUUAUGACUCAGUGACUGUCUAUGAAAAUGUUGCAAAAGAGAAUGAAAUAGCUCGAUCAUGUGGAUUUGCUGUCCCAGCACCAGUUUUGAGUUCCUCUAACACCAUGCUUAUCCAGUUUCAUUCUGAUGAAACAGAGACCUACAGUGGCUUCAAAGCUGUAUUUGUGUUCAUUGAUGUUGCAGAUUUAAAUGUAACGAAUUCAAGCAGUGGAGUGAUGGUACUUGAAGAAAUCAGUGAGCCUGCAAAUGAAACAGACUUGCCUGAUGAUAGUUGUGGACUAGCAUCAAAUCAGCCCAGAUUUCUCUUUAGCCGAAUAAUUGGCGGCGAGGAAGCUGUGCCGUAUUCUUGGCCUUGGCAGGCCAGCUUGCAGAUUUUGGAUGAAGACAUCUGUGGCGGAGCAGUUCUCACAAACACGUGGGUGGUUACUGCUGCUCACUGUUUCAAAAAAGAGGGAAAAUAUCAAGGUCUUUGGAGAGUGGUGGUGGGCACUCAUGAUAUAAGAGAUCAAGAACAGAGCAGCCAAAAAAGAUUGGUGAAGCAGUACCUCACACAUCCAGAUUUUAACACCAGUACUCUGGAUUCAGACAUUGCUCUAGUGGAACUUACUGAGCCUUUAGAAUUCAAUCAUUAUGUUCAUCCAGUGUGCCUGCCGGAGAAAGAUGAGAAGAUUGAGCCUUCAAGGAUUUGUGUAAUUACAGGAUGGGGCAGUCAGUAUGAAGAUGGAGAAAAAUCAAGUAAAUUGCAUCAACUUGAAGUUCCUAUUUUGGUUUCUGAAGAAUGUCAGAAAUACUAUAUGAACUAUCCUGGUGUUGUGAAGAAAAGGAUGUUCUGUGCUGGAUUUCCUUCAGAAGGGGGAAAGGAUGGAUGUACAGGUGAUUCUGGAGGUCCACUGGUUUGUCCUGCAAAAGACUCAAGCUACUACACCCUUAAUGGAAUAAUAAGCUGGGGCUUUGGUUGUGGAAGAAAAGGCUAUCCAGGAGUCUAUACAAAUGUUGCUGCUUUUGCUGAUUGGAUCAGUCAAUACAUACUUGGAAAAACCAAUUCAUCAAGUAUGGCAUGAAGACCUUCACUAAGGUUUGGAGAAGACAACUAAAUAAAGGCACAAUUCUGAA